AUGACGCUUUGCGCUGUCGGGGCAGAUUACGCCAAGGAGCACCUGGCUCAGCUGCAGGAGAAGGCGGAGCUGAUCUCGGGCCGCAUGUUGCGCUUCUCCGUGUUCUACCGCAACCAGCACAAGGAGUAUUUCCAGCACGUCAGGAUGCACUGCGGUAACGUGAUGAAGCCUUCCUUAAAGGACAACAGCGGCAGCCACGGCUCCCCGACCAGCGGGACGCUGCACGGCAUCUUCUUCAGCUGCAACACCGAGUUCAACACGGGGCAGCCCCCCCAGGACUCCCCCUACGGCCGGUACCGCUUCCAGAUCCCGGCCCAGCGGCUCUUUAACCCCAACACCAACCUUUACUUCGCGGACUUCUAUUGCAUGUACACCGCCUACCACUACGUCGUGCUGGUCCUGGCUCCCAAAGGAUCCAACGGGGACGCGUUCUGCAGGGAGCGCCUGCCGCAGCUGGACGUUGCAUGCAACAAGUUCCUGACUUGCAGCGUGGAGGAAGGGCAGCUGGUUUAUCGGCACGCCCAGGAUUGUAUCCUGGAGCUCAUUUACACCGAACCCGUGGAUUUGAGUCUGGGGGCUUUGGGGGAGAUCAGCGGGCACCAACUAAUGAGCUUGUCUACUGCAAAUGCAAAGAAAGAUCCCAGCUGCAAGACCUGCAAUAUCAGCGUGGGGCGCUGAAUGGGGGGAGGUGGG